AUGGAGCACUCGUGUUCACAGAUUUUCAUGCACCAUUCUAGACAUAAUAGAAAUUUUGAUGUGAUAUUGUCUCAUUGUAGUAGAAAUACAGCAACAGAUAUAAAAAAUUCUUUGGCUGUGAUCUUAGAAGUUCAGCAGGUGCUAGGUACGGGUAAAUACCUUGGUGUCCCUUCCAUGAUUGGGAGAAGUAGGAAAGCUACUUUUAAGUAUAUCAAGAUCAGAGUUUGGAAGAAAAUCAAUUUUUGGAGUAACAAAAGUCUUUUCCAAACUGGUAGAGAAAUCGUCAUCAAAUCCGUCCUCCAAGCUAUUCCAUCUUACAAUAUGAGUAUCUUCUUAUUGCCUUCCUAUCUUAGUGAUGAAAUUGAGAAAAUGAUGAACUCCUUUUGGUGGGUACAUAAUCGAGGUAGCUCAAAAGGUAUGAACUGGCUAUGUUGGGAUCAUUUGUCAAUGGCUAAGAAAGACGGAGGCAUGGGGUUCAAGAAUCUUAGUGUCUUCUACUACGCAAUGCUUGGACACAAUCCUAGUUUUGUGUGGAGAAGUAUCUGGAGUUCUAAAUUCGUGGCCCAUGGAGGGUACAAAUGGACUAUUGGUUCCGGUGAGGGUAUUUCGGCAUGGAAUCAAAACUGGUUGCAUGACAACACUUCUCUGAUUAGUCUUUGGCCAAAUGUUCCGAGUGUGGCUAAACUAAAAGUGGCAGACUUAAUGAUUGCCAACAGUAAGUGGAACUAUAAUCUGAUUGUUUAUUUAGUAGGGGAAGUAUUAAUCGAAAAAAUUCUUAAGACUCCACAAUUCGAGGCGAUCCAGGACAAGAAAAUUGUUUGGAAAUUUGACAUGAAUGGAAAAUAUUCAGUGCGCAAUGCUUACCGAUUAUGUAUAGAUAAAGCUAUUAAUACCUCUCGCCUCAGAAUUGAUGAGAAUUGGGAUUUGAUCUAG